CUCCGGUUGUAAAACACAGCAACGCCGGGUGUCUGCGUCUGGAGGGAACACUCCACUCUGCGCAAUUACGCGGACUCCAAACUGGCGCGGUGAUCAGAGAGAAACUAAAAAAAAAAAAAAAAAAGGUAUUCUUCGGGCGACUGAACCUCACAACGCUAGAAAUGGACUUCUAAACAGGGCCGCCCUGACAGAUCCGAGGACUUGCAUCGUGCACUUCAAUGCGGUUUUGCGGCACAGCAGCAGCGCAUGUUAUGAUAUGAUUAUAACGCAUGUGCUCUGAGCGCUGCUUUAAAAUAGUUGUCUUAUAAAUAGACGCUUUUUUUUCUUUUUAAAUAGCGUUCUUUCUUCUCUAAAAUUGGCUCCCAUACAAACAGCCGCGUUGGAUCCCUCGGCUUACUGCGAGACUCCGGUGUACAACCCGGAUCUCUGCCCAAACAUGAUAGCCGCCCAGGCAAAGUUGGUGUACCACCUCAACAAAUACUACAACGAGAAAUGCCAGUCUCGAAAAGCCGCCAUCUCCAAGUCCAUCCGGGAGGUGUGCAAGGUGGUGUCGGAUGUCCUGAAGGAGGUCGAGGUGCAGGAGCCGCGCUUCAUCAGCUCCCUCAGCGAGAUGGAUAAUCGCUUCGAGGGACUGGAGGUCAUCUCGCCCAACGAGUUCGAGGUGGUGCUCUACCUCAAUCAGAUGGGAGUGUUCAACUUCGUGGACGACGGCUCUCUCCCGGGCUGCGCCGUGCUCAAGCUCAGCGACGGCCGCAAGAGAAGCAUGUCCCUCUGGGUCGAGUUCAUAACGGCCUCGGGUUACCUCUCGGCGCGCAAGAUCCGCUCGCGGUUCCAGACGCUGGUGGCGCAGGCGGUGGAUAAAUGCAGCUUCAGGGACGUUGUCAAAAUGGUCGCCGACACGAGCGAGGUGAAGUUGCGCAUCAGGGACAGGUACGUGGUGCAAAUCACGCCGGCUUUCAAGUGCACCGGGAUCUGGCCGCGGAGCGCCGCGCACUGGCCUCUCCCGCACAUCCCCUGGCCGGGACCGAACCGGGUGGCGGAGGUCAAGGCGGAGGGUUUCAAUCUGUUGUCCAAAGAGUGCUACUCCCUGAACGGCAAGCAGAGCUCGGCGGAGAGCGACGCCUGGGUCUUGCAGUUCGCCGAGGCCGAGAACCGGCUCAUCCUGGGCGGGUGCAGGAAGAAGUGCUUGUCGGUCCUCAAAACGCUGCGCGACCGUCACCUCGAGCUGCCCGGGACGCCGCUGAACAACUACCACAUGAAAACUUUGGUUUCCUACGAGUGCGAGAAGCACCCGAGGGAGUCGGACUGGGACGAGAACUGCCUCGGCGACCGCCUCAACGGGAUACUAUUGCAGCUCAUUUCGUGUUUGCAGUGCAGAAGGUGCCCGCAUUAUUUCCUGCCUAAUUUAGACCUUUUUCAGGGGAAACCUCACUCUGCUCUAGAGAAUGCGGCCAAACAGACCUGGCGACUGGCGAGAGAAAUACUGACCAACCCCAAAAGCUUGGAGAAACUCUGAGGUAAAAAAUAAUAAUAAUAAUAAUAAAAAAUGCGUUAGUUCACCUCGUCUUAAAACGUUGUGGUGAAAACGGCCACAGCGAGCUCUUAAAACGUACAGAAAAAUACUACAAACCAUUUGUAAAGUCUUUUAAGGUGAAAUGCGACUGUCCUCUGUUAGGGUUUGGACCAAGCCGGUUUCAAAAUGAUUUUUAUGACAGUUGAGUUUUCCAAUUUACCCCCGUGCGUCCUUUUGGUGGUGUCGAUAUUUAGCACAUUUAAAUUAUUCCAACAUUAAUUCAGGAAGCCACCAGUGGUUUAUUUUCUCUCCAUGCCACAUGGUUUCCUACAUUCUACAUUUCCUUAAUUAAAUGCUUUAAAAUAAAGCAAACUGACAAGCCUUUGGAAAAAAAAAGUACAAAUACGCAUAUGUACAUUUUAUACUGUAAAUAUAUUCAUAGAUUGUGAUUCAAGUGGUCUGCAAAUUGUGAGUGUUGUUCUGUGACACGUAAAUAGGAUCCACCUGUUUAAAUCUACUUCUGAACUUUAUAUUUUUCUGUUAGACCCGUUAUUAAUUUAUACUUGCAUCAGUGGUAGUCUGACAUUGUCUAAUUUUUGAAAGUUUACAUUUUGAUAGGCGUACAACAUUUGCCACAUUGAAAACAUUCCAUCUAUUUACUUGAAUUAUUAUUUAAAGUACUCGGACAUGUUUGGUUGUUGUUGAUCCCUACCAUGCUUAGGCCUACAUGAAAAAAAUGAUAACAUACAUAUAUAUAUAUAUAUAAAGUAUAUAUAUAUAGUACAGUUUUAAUUGAAAAAAAUGCACUUGAAAUACACUGGAUUAUAACAUCUGUGAUCUGUUUUUUUCUGUUUUGGAUUUAAUUUAAAGAGCUAAUAAAACAAGCUGUUUUUA